CAAAGCCGAGGAGCGGAACUGAUUUUAUACAAUAAUUCAAUUCCGGGUGCUUUGCUUCAAAAGAACCUCGUUCUUACCCCAAGCAAUGGAAUCGCUAAGAACCGUAAUUUCGCGGUUGUUUGCCGAUGCUCAAGAUCCAGGCUCGACGCCUUUGGAAGACACGAAUCGAAAAUACUGCGGUUAUUUUAGCAGAAGACCACCAAAGCGUCGAAGAGUCAGCGUGUUGCACCCUGACUUGAACGGUAGUGGCGAUCCAUUUUCGUCGGACGAUAGUGCAAUGAUCGCGUACCUGCUUCAGACGAGUCGUUUAGAUUACGAUGCUCUGGCACACGACUUUUUACGUGCAUCAGUGGUCGGCAACAUGUCUGAACAACUGAAAGUGAUUAUGCUUAAAUACCGCGAACCACCAUUGACGCUCGUAAAAACAACCCGUUUAUUGGCGUUUCUGAACCACUUGCUCAUGAUUAAGCCCAUCACGCCAAAGAUAGCAGCAGUUACAAACACAAAUGCAGCAACAGCAGCAACGCCAGGAACAGCAACAGGAUCUGGGUUUACCAAUUCAGCAGCAGGGACUCACUAUCACCAUCUCCACCAUCACCCUCAACAACAGCAACCGUUCCCGCUAGGUCAGCUGUUUGAAGAUCUAACACUGACAUUGUCACUACGUAAUGUCCAGUCCACAGGCGCAAACAGCAGUAACAGCAGCAACAACGUGCCACUGCUGAUAUGGGUCGUAACGCUUCAAUUCAUGCUAUCCUGUCUGCGUAACAAUUCGCUUCAAGCUUUGUACAACGCGGGCAUUGCAACACCCGUCAUCCUUGGUAUCAUUAAACACAUCUUACUCGAACUGACCCGUCUUCCAGCAACCAAUAUGAGUGCGGCGCAGAAAAAAUGCUUUGGCGUAGGAAAGCAGAUGCUCGACUUGUUUCUGAUCCGUGAUCCGCAGCCCUUAUCUUCUGCUGCUUCAUUAUCCCAAACUCCUGGUCAACAAGCAUCUCCAAUGGAACAGUCUCCAACAUCGGCAGCAUUAUCUUCGUCCACUUCAUCCGGAACUACCAUCGGCAACGUUUCUUACUACGACGUCGUAUAUUCGUUCCCAGAACUAUAUGGCCACUUUUUAAACUCGGCCCAAACAUCAACAAAUCCGCAACCAGCUAUCGCAAAUCAUAAUAUUUGGCUUAUGACCUUGCAGUACAUGAUCACAUCAAUAACUCAAGAUCAUCGCAUGUUUGAACGAUCGCCGACGCUGAUGGUGGCUGUCAACAUAAUCAAGCACGUGUUACGCGAAAUUAACACGUUACCUGCCAACUUAUCCACAGCUCAAGUGAAUUGCUUGAAUAAGGGCAAGGAGUUGAUCAACUUAUUAUUACUCGGUCCAAUGGGUGAUGGUGCUGGUGUUGUUUCUCAUUAUGAUAUCAUUGUUGCUUUACCCGAUGUUUAUGGAGACUUUUUACACGGCCAUUUUGCACAGAGUAUUCAUUGGACAAUGGAAAAGUUUAUCAAUGAACUGGGAAAACGACGAAGGCAUUUGGCCUUUUUGAUGAUGCCUCCAGAUGCAUCCUGGCCUUUGAUUUCUCAGUUGAGUCGUCGUCACGAAUACAAUGAUUUAACAACACGAACAAGCUUCCACAUGUUCAAAGGAGAUCUCAUCGAAUUUGUUAAAGAAGGCAAUUCAACCAAUAUCGAGACACAUUUCCGCGACAUGUUAUUCCAACGAGCUUCCAUGGACGAGUUCCGCCAGCUUGAACUCUCUCUAACACAAUCAGGUUAUGACACAACUCAGAUCCGGAAAGCAAUGGUUGCCAAGGUGCGCGAUGUGCUUCAAUGUAUCCAGCAACACAACACAGCAGAGAGGAGACAAGGGCACGAUUCGUCGUCACAAAAAGGUCGUGGAGGAGCAGAUGAGACCGUAAUGAAUAUCCCUUCGUAUUUAGAUCUGUGGGAACUCAUGAAUGAAACAGCAGAUCAGCUUUAUAGCUUUGUCACAGCCGAGUACUUUACAUAUGAAGAUAUUCUCCAAGAUUUCUAUGCCCUAGUGUAUCAACCGAAUGGCGAAGAAUACCCACCAGGCGCAAAAUACCAUUUGAGCAAAGAUAAUGGUUUAAUAUGGUUGUUGUUGCAGCUUUUCUUCAUUGAUAAGGUUGCACAAGACGUGAUAUCUGUGGAUUUCAAUGGAGAUGAACGGCUAUUUGGCAAGCUCGUUGCUCUCUAUAACGAAGACCAGGCAGAAUCAGAAGACGCAUUUUCAUUCCGGGAUCUUGCAUUACAAUGCAGUAUAUACCUUGAGCGUCUCUCUAUCAAAGAUAUCACGAACCUCAAAAUGAGACAUCCUCGUGUAGCCUCGUCAUUACAAUAUACGUCUGUAUGUCACAAGAUCAUGACAUACUUUGGUGAUUACUAUCACAGCAAUGUCACCGAUCCGAGCUUAUUUCAUAAUCUGGAUAUCCAAGAAAUCACCAAAAUUGCAGUGCAUAGUCAAACUCGUCGGGAUGCACUACCAUUCACAUUGUAUGUGUAUCUUGUUCCAACCAAUCCAGAAAUAGCGACUGCCGGAAAUCCGGAAUCAACCUAUGCCAAAGGUGGCUCGGUCAGUUACAAGAUUCUAGAUCUUAUCGGUGUCGCUGCAAAGCACAAAUUACUUCAGUUGAUGUACAAAAUGAUGCUGCUAGAUGACGGUCCACGCUAUCAGUCAAACACUCAACGAGGCACACAAAUGCAAAUUACAUCUGUGUCUCCCAAAGUCAUUGACGCUGCAUACAAGCUUCUUUACAGUGCGCCUUGCUCUUCCGAAUUGAUGAUCAAGGAGAUAUUUGAUAGAAUUCGUCGGUGUGACAGAGUAUACAAAGCCAGACACGAAGAGGAGUUAGCCGGAAUAACACCUGAUAAAUCUCUAACGGUCGAGAGAAUGCGAUGGUUACAUACAAUGUUGCAGAUGAUGAAUUAUCGGUUCAUCCGCUAUUUAAAGUUCUCUUCUAUAUCUUCAGGUCUAUUUCACUAUAUCCGUUAUUCAGUCUCGUAUCUUGAACACCGUCAGAUUUACCGCGUACUGGAACAAUUUGUUUUCAAUUUGGCUCGUAUGCAAAUGGAUGUCAAGCUAUUAAGAUCAUUAGAUGAUCCUAACCGCGAAAAGCCAAUUUGGUUUGCCGAGUCAGAAACAGUUGCGCGUGCUGUGGUGACAAGUAUCAGUCGCUUAAUCAAGACAAGAGGUCAAGCAGAUAUCAAGACCGAGCAAAUCUAUCGUGUACUGGCCAGCCUUUUUGAAUACAGGUUGGAUUGGUCACCUGAAUCCAUCAAAUAUUUCCCUGAUGCUGUCAAAAAGUUUUAUACGGAUCCUCAAUCUCCAAACCAGCGUAUCCCUGCGCGACCUGCAAUUAAUCCAAUGAAUCUCAAGCAACAAGUGAUGAACAACAAAUUCUUGCUCUCAUACUUGCUGCAGGGAUCAAAAGAUCAUGAGCAAAUGAUGAUACAGACCUUUUCCAAAGCAGAAAAUCAAGCAAGUUUGCUCUGUAUCAUAUGGACUAUCGCUGUGAUGCGGAACUCGAUUGACGUAUUUGAAAUGUCAUCCGUCCGCAAACUACUUUUGUUGGUGCUGCCUGCAAGAGUUGACACUCAUGCAGUUGAUUUGGUGGACUAUAUUUUGAAAGUGGAUUAUUCUUCUGCUUCUCCAGAAUUGCCAUUUAAACUCUUGGAUACCAUGAUCUGGAAGUACCAAUGGGUCAACUUUACAAACAUCAUAUCAGCAUUGGGAAAGGGAAGCGGGACACCAGAAAGGACAACAAAAGCAUUCCGCUAUGUGCAAUACUUGCUUCUCGAAUCGCCCGAAUUCAAGAAGCGUGUCGAUAAAUGGUUAUCACUAGGGUUCAGCCACCGAUACUGGACAGAGGAAGAUUUCCACGAGAAGCUGAUGCAAUAUUUGACCGAGUAUCCCGAGUACCACGAAUACGAGGCUUUUGCUGUUGCCCAACAAAACACGCAACAGCCAGUUCUCGAUCCACCGUUGCAGCCGCAGAUGCCAGUGUAUUACACUAGCAUUGUGAGCGACUUUGUACCCUUUUUGGAAGUGCUGAUUGCUCGAUUGAUUGAGUAUGCGCAAACCGACCUUUUGCUGCAAAUAUUGGAUCGAUAUGGACAACUCUUUUAUUACCACAACAGCCCAUUAUCCUAUGUCUGCAAUUUAUUACUGUACUAUUACCCGAACGAUACCCUAAGCGACCCUCGCGUAUGCAAGCGCAUUGUGCGCCUGCUCGAUUUCAAACAAUACGAUGUUGCACCGGAGGCAGUGGCCUAUGCACAAAACGAUGAUCUUGAUGGAGACGUCUUUAAUGCUGGAUAUUAUGAACGUGUCAUACACAAACUCACCAACAGUCUAAAUCCAAAAAAAUGCGCACCAAAAUCUGAUCCCAAACUACCGGAACGCCAUUUCCGUGAAAUUGGCAGUCCUGCUGUGCAAGGCAUUACUAUUGCUAUGCUCGAAAUUAUCCUGACACCUGUUCCUCCGUCCAUGACCAUCAAAUAUAUUCUGGACUUGGUAUUACAGCGCGGGGCGCAUCAAGUGGGUGUGUCGGCACUGACGAUCCAUGCCACCGGAUUGUUGCUUGCUUCAUUACCAGCAGGGCACUUUGUACGACCCAUCUGGGAAGAACUCAGCAACUUGAUCAUGCAUGAUCCUUGCCUACUGGAAGUAUCCGAACCAUGUCGAUUGAUUCGAUGUGGUAUGCCAAAACGAACCAAUGGCAAAUACUUCAUGUCACAAUCCCUUCCCGAUUUGAUUUCUACAGCCGUAUUACGAGAUUCCAUGAGUUCGAGAUUAAGAAAGGCAAUGGUCCAUCCAUACGUUUUUAACGACUACACAUACAACAUGCAUAACUAUAGCACCAAUACGCCAAACUGUUUUCUGGCGUUUUUCCACAGCCUAUUACAUUAUUCAAGCCUGGAUAUCUUCCCUGUCUUCCUUGAGUAUUUGCGCUCGUUACGACAAACUCCGGAUAUUCUGAAAACCGAUGUUCAGCUUCUUUACGUAUGCUUUUUGCUUGGACCUGCUUUACACCGGAUCGAAAAGCUCGAUAAUAAUAAUACUGACGCAGAGUUUUUGAUCGAGUUAAUGCAUAUGGUGAAGCAGAUAACUAUGCUGAUGGAUAUGAAAGAUGGAUGGUCUACACAAGCUCUGGAACAAACAUUCGACUUUUUACAUCACAUUCGAGCCGGAUUCGUCAAGUCCCCUGAGCUUGCAAGCCAACUGCGCGAAAUUAUAAAAUCCAUGAAUGCACCCAUAUCCCAACGACUUAUACGAUUGGUACACGAAACAUAAAAAACAUUAAAUUACAUUACUUGCACUUCCUUUCUUCUUUUCUUUUCCUUUCUUUUUUUUUUUUU